AUGGGUAUGACAGAUCUUUCACGUGAUAUGUUAGAGAAUAUACUCUCUAGGCUCCCAGUCGAGUCUCUAAGAGAGUUGCGAUUUACUUGCAAACUGUGGAACACUUUAUUCAAAGAUCGAAGAUUCAUUAAAAAUCGCUUUCACAAAGCAGCAAUGGAAGUGAUCGUACUGAUGAGAUCAUCGGUUUCCACAUUGAUCGUUGAUAUGACUCAUAUGAGUGAAGGUAGCAACUAUGCCGGAAUUGGAUUCCACAUAUUAAACGGUGGUAUCAGCAAUUUUUACUCAAAUGAAAUCACUAUAUCUGGUAUGUUUCACUGCGACGGUUUAUUGUUGUUACAAACCAUGAAAACUGAUACUAACAAGCUUGUGGUUUGGAACCCGUGUUCCAAGGGAACCAGGUGGAUCGAGCUUAUGAAUCAUGACCGCAGUGGCAUCUUUGCUCUUGGAUACCAUAACGAUUUGUGCGAUAGCUACAAAGUCUUGAGUAUUUUGGAUUAUGAUCCAAAACCAGAGGUACAUAUCUACGAGAUCAACUCUGAUUCAUGGAGGCCUCUUGAUGAUGACGUCCCUCUCGGCUGCAUGAUAAAAUCUCGUGGGGUGUCUUUACUUGGGAAUACUUAUUGGAUUGCUUCACAAGUCAAAGAAUUAUUACUACUAAGUUUUGACUUCACAACAGAGACAUUUGGAUGUCUAAAUCUUCCCUUGGAGCGUCUUGGCUUUAAAAGUUUGGGUCUAUCAGUUGUUAAGGAUGAGCAACUUGCGAUUUUGCAACAAUGUUUGGAUACAUCAAGGGUGGAAAUCUGGGUGGCGACCAAUGACAAGAUUGAUCAGACCAAAGUCUUGUCAUGGACCAAGUUGUUGGCAGUGGAUUUGGACACUUGUUAUGAAGAACAUAAGUUUACGUGUGAUGUAAGUUUCUUCAUCGACGAAGAGAAGACAGUCGCAGUAUGUUGGGACAGAGAAAGUUUGCACAUUUUUGGAGAGGAUCACCCCCACGAAUAUAUCCCUUGUGGUGAUUCCUCGCAAUUGCAUCCUAGAGAAGGUAUGUUCCAAGGUUGGUUCAAAUUCAACCUAGAGAAACAUGGACAUGGAUAUUAG